UCAAUUCGAAUACUUUGCCAUUCUCCCGGAGGUUUUCUAUUUUGCUCGUAGUUUCGUUUUGACGUUUACCGCGAAGUAGGAAAAAUUUCGCCGACAAACGACUAGAUCGAAAUUGUGGCGUGAGAAAAAGUGUAUUCGGUGAACAUGUCCAGCCUGAUUCGAGCUCCGGCCGUCCUGGCCAGGAACGCAGCCUCCAUGGUGCGUGCUGCAUCAAUCGUACCAAGUCGAAAUUGGCAUCGAACAUCGAAUUCGAAUGCAGCGAAAGUUAAUGCAGAUGCCAUCUCAAAGGAAUAUCCAGUUAUCGAUCACAGCUACGAUGCCAUUGUCGUAGGAGCAGGAGGUGCCGGAUUGCGUGCUGCUUUCGGUCUUGUUGCUGAAGGAUUCAAAACAGCCGUAAUUACCAAAUUGUUUCCAACCCGUUCACACACAAUCGCCGCGCAAGGUGGCAUCAAUGCCGCUCUAGGCAAUAUGGAAGAAGAUGAUUGGAAAUACCACAUGUACGAUACGAUUAAGGGCUCAGAUUGGCUUGGAGAUCAAGAUGCUAUCCACUAUAUGACUCGUGAGGCUCCAAAGGCCGUCAUUGAACUCGAAAAUUACGGCAUGCCAUUCUCUCGAACUCCUGAAGGAAAAAUCUAUCAACGUGCUUUUGGUGGUCAGAGUUUGAAGUUUGGCAAAGGUGGACAAGCGCACAGAUGCUGUGCUGUGGCUGACAGAACCGGACACUCGCUCCUGCACACAUUGUACGGCCAAUCCCUGAGUUACGAUUGCAACUACUUCGUUGAAUACUUUGCACUAGAUUUGCUUUUUGAAAAUGGUGAAUGUCGCGGAGUUAUUGCUUUGUGCCUGGAAGAUGGAUCAAUUCACAGGUUCCGCGCAAAGAACACUGUAAUCGCAACUGGAGGAUACGGUCGUGCCUAUUUCUCAUGCACAUCAGCUCAUACCUGCACAGGUGACGGCACUGCAAUGGUCGCUCGUCAGAACCUCCCCUCGCAAGAUUUGGAGUUCAUUCAAUUCCACCCGACUGGUAUUUAUGGCGCUGGUUGCCUCAUAACUGAAGGCUGCCGUGGUGAAGGCGGCUAUUUGGUUAAUUCAAAGGGUGAACGAUUCAUGGAGCGUUACGCCCCUGUUGCAAAGGAUUUGGCUUCUCGUGACGUUGUGUCGCGAUCAAUGACUAUUGAAAUCCGUGAAGGUCGCGGUGUAGGACCUGAAAAGGACCACGUCUACUUACAAUUGCAUCAUUUGCCUCCAGAACAGUUGGCUGCUCGUUUGCCUGGUAUUUCGGAAACCGCAAUGAUCUUUGCUGGUGUUGACGUAACCCGCGAGCCAAUUCCUGUUCUACCGACUGUGCACUAUAAUAUGGGUGGAAUCCCGACUAACUACAAGGGCCAAGUCUUAACUAUUGAUAACGACGGAAAGGAUGUUGUUGUUCCUGGAUUAUAUGCUUGCGGUGAAUCUGCUUGCUCUUCCGUACAUGGUGCUAAUCGUCUUGGUGCCAACUCACUUCUCGAUUUAGUUGUAUUCGGACGCGCCUGUGCAAAGACUAUUUCAGAAGAAAACAGACCAGGCGAGGCAGCACCAAGCCUUAAAGAUAAUGCCGGCGAAGCAUCUGUUGCUAAUUUGGACAAAUUGAGGAAUGCAAACGGUAGCAUCACAACAGCUGAUCUUCGAUUGAAGAUGCAAAAAACAAUGCACGCCCAUGCAGCCGUAUUCAGAGACGGCCCAGUAUUGAAAGAAGGUUGUGAAAAGAUGCAAGCAGUUUUCAAAGAAUUCAAGGACGUGAAGGUUGUGGAUAGAUCUCUCAUUUGGAACUCUGAUCUAGUCGAAACUCUCGAACUGCAGAAUCUUCUAUUGAACGCCAGAAUGACAAUUGUUGGCGCCGAAAAUCGUAAAGAAUCUCGCGGUGCACAUGCACGUGAAGAUUUCAAAGACCGCAUUGACGAAUAUGACUACAGCAAACCAAUCGAAGGCCAAAAGAAAAAACCCAUGAGCGAGCAUUGGCGUAAGCAUUCACUUCUCUGGGUCAAUGAUAAGGGCGAAGUGGACAUCAAAUACAGGGCCGUUAUCGAUACCCCGCUCGAUAAUGAAGUACAAACAGUUCCGCCUGCUAUCCGAUCUUAUUAAGUCGAAAGUUAAUUUCCAUUUAAUUUUUGGCAUAGUACUUUGCACAUUUGUAUGUAAGCACAUUACCACGCUGGAGUAGUGACUUAUCAAUUCACUGCGAAAUACAUUGCCUCUUGUAAAUUAUGGGAUUCCGCACCUGCUGUGGAGUAGAAGUGGUAGUGCUCUUAAAUUAUUAUUGUUUUUGUUCAGACGUCUUUGUGUUCACCUAAUCAAAGUAGUGUUUUGGUUGCCAUCGAUAGAAAUCAUAAGGAUGAUGAGGAUGUCUUUCUGUGCGUACCUCGAUUAUUCCUAAUUGUGGUUAUUUGUAAUAAACUUCAAACUCACAAGAUAUUAUAAUAAAA